AUGGGUGGCUGGGCGAUUUUUUGCGCGAUCUGCGGAGGUCCAUUCUCCAGCCAGGUCGAUAUGGACUGCGAAGGGACCGACGAGAGGGCCUAUCGUUUCGACAUCCUCGAGGACUGCAACCUGGAGUGGCUCGACGGCUUACGUGCUCUAGGAAUGAAUCCCGACGCUACCGGAAUUGACAAUGUCUAUUAUGAUUUGCUAAAGCUGGAGGUUCUGCUAGGAUACCACGACUUUGCGGAAGUCGGCGAACCACAUGUGUUUCCCUUUCACUCCGUUUGCUACGAGAUUCUGAGGAGAUGCAUCUCGCUGCGGGAGCGAGGUGAAAUUCAGGGACAUUUGCUGUACCGGGUUUUCGAACAGGCCAACGGUGGCCGGUACGUCCGGCUGCAACUUGACUAUGGCGACCCAGACCCGCCCGCAGAGCAGGUGUGGGAGAUUUUCCGAGGACAGGAAAUCUUAGUAGUAAAUCCAGUCGUCAUACCGGAGCUCGAAUUGGAGAUGAGCGACAUCAACCGCUUGUUAGACAUGGAAACCAACCUGGUUAAUAAGGCGAAGCUCCAUGAAGAGGAUAUUUUCUGUCGUCUUCCGAUCGAACUGCGACACGAGAUCUUCAAGCACCUUCGCCCAGAGUCGAUUUUGGCACUCAAGGCGGCCUCGCUAUCCAUGCACACUACCUUGAUCCCGCGCUCCAUGUGGGAGACCAAGUUAGUCGAUACGUAUCCAUGGCUGUGGGAGAUGCUCGAAAUCUCGGUUCUCCAAUCACAGAAGGUCGAGGAGAAAGCUUCUAAGCUGCUUGUCGCUUGCAAGGAGCACGGUGAGUCUACAGGCAAAAGCUAUGGCCGUAUCCUGGGUCUUGCCAAUAGGAGAAGGAUUUGGGGAGUAUGCGAGCAGAUUCGGAGUCGAUAUUUGGAACAGCAGGCCGCUGUUACUACCUAG